AUGAACGACGCGCUCUUAGACGAAGUUAGCGAUCCAUCUGACUGGACAGGCGCAUGGUCAGAGCUUCGACCACUUGAUACCAGUCUCCGAUGCGGUCUUUGCUACAAAAAAGCCUUUGAUGCAGAACUAGUUGCGCAGCCGGCACUUGAAGCCGCCGCAAAUCAUUGGCGUCAUGCGCGACGACUUCGGCCACGGAAACGUGCAGCAGUCGACGAUUUGGAUGGUGAGCAUGUUGAUUACCGUGCUCUGGAUGCAUCGACGUUGGUCCAGUGUCCAAUUUGCCAGCACGAAUUUGACGCGGCCACUCUCAAUGAACAUCUGGAUCGUGGAUGCGGUCUUGAUGACCCACAUCCAGCAUCGUCAUCGGCGUUGUCGUCGACAGCAUCGUCAAAAAUGGAUUCCUGGCUACGGAGGCCCUCCAUGACGCACCAACCAAGUCCUAAACGACUCACUCGUCCUCAGUACCAGCUCAAGUCGGAAAAAGAUCUACGCAAAAUGCUCGAGGCCCUGGAACUUCCGGCGAGUGGAACAAAGGAUCGUUUAAUUGAUCGGCACCGACAUUGGGUCAAUUUAUAUAACGCGAAUCUUGACGCCGCGCCUGCUUUGCGCGCCUCUAUACCAUCGCUACGAAAACAGCUUCGACAAUGGGAACGUGCGCAAGAUGAGUCUCUCUGCUCCAAAACGAUCACCACCGAAAAACAGGCGCAAUCAUGGCUUAAAGCGAAUCAGGAUACAUACGCGUCUCUAGCCGCUCAAGCACGAGCCACACUGCAUGCUUCUGAAACGAAGUAUUCUGCUGAUCCCUCAACUGGGGGUCAAGAUAGUAAUAUUCCUGGGCACUCAUAG